AGUUGCAGCAGUUUGGUCUAGAAGGGUCCCAGCGUCUCUGGAGCUGAUCAUCCAUGGACGACACUUCUAAUUUGCUGCGGCCAACACCGACCCCAAGACCGGCAGUCAGGUUAAAGGGACCUCUGAACAGGACGGAUUAUGCCGCGGUCUCAUUUUGCGUAUCGAUGACUUUGGCAACCGUUCUCUUCGGAUUCCCGAGGGUCGUGGAUUGGAUCGCAACUCUGCGAAGGGGUCAUCUGGAAAAGGCCUUGUUAUGGCACAGCCCGUACUACCAAGGCUCACUGCUAAACGUUCACCGUCAACUAGUGGACAACUUCCCACGGCGGCGGUACGAUCUCAUCCGAGAGAUCAUUCGCUCUCUGGACAGAAACGCGGAUCCAUGCAAUGACUUUUUUGAUUUCGUGUGCGGUAGAUGGACCUCAGCGCACCCAGGCAUGGUCAGCGAAUUCACCAGGUUACAGGGAGAACUCAUCGCUGCGGCCGUUUACAAGAUGGUGCGCGGAAAACGAAAGCGUCGUUCGUUGAUGUCUGCAUCCGACUUGGCUGGUGAAGCCGUCCGCAGCUGCCUCCUGAUACACAUCAAGAAACACGAAGACGACAGCGCAUUCCGACACUUACUCGAGUCUCUCAAUUUCAACUGGCCCAACGUUAGAGAAGGGCUGAAGCUCGACCUUCUCGAUGUGGCAGUUGCAACAGCGCUCGACUGGGGCAUCCCAACUCUAUUUGACCUCGAGGUGGCGACAGACUUACGCUCCGACAACUCCAACAUCUUGCGGUUAAGCGUCAGCUCCAUCUUAUCGACGUGGGUGUCACGUUGGUACACGAAUGCCACCGACGCGUUCGGUAUUUUCCGUCUGCCCGGUUACCUGGACCCGGACAUGGACUACAAGGUUCUCGUCAACAAAGUCAUUGAGCCCACCAUCCAGGCACUCCUACGUUUACUACCUGGUCACAUUGAGGGGAAUGCGAAGCCUGCCUACAUCAGAGUUAAAGAUAUAACGAGGGUGUCACGGCGGUACAUAACAACAGAUCGUUUUACGUGGACAGUGAACAAGCACCUGCCGAAGAAUGUGAGUCUCAAGAUGGACAACGAAAUCCAUCUCCUGGACUACAAUUUUUUCUGGCACAUCGGCGAAUACAUCAACAAGUUCGAGUCUGAGCAUCGACAAAGCGACGUGGCUGUUCUCAUCGGUUGGGUUUUGGCUAGUCAUAUGGCUCCAGCGCUGACCUAUCGCGUGUAUAGCGAAACCCCAUAUGGCUUCUCAUUGGCUACAUUCAGCUGUAUAUCCCUGGUGGCCGAAAUGGCCCCUUAUCCUUUGACCUGGUUCAUGACUGAAGACUACGUUGUUCCUCAAAACUGGAACAAGACGAAGCGCAUUCUGGAGGACGUACGUGCCGCGAUGGCUGAUUCAUUUGGAUGGAUGGACGACGCGAGCAGAUGGUCUGCCCUGCAGAGACUCAAGCUCAUUCGGCAGAUCGUCGCCUACCCAGAUACAGUGUCCACAAAGAGCGGACUGGACGGCCGAUACGGAUACUUGCACAACACAAUUCAUGGUCCGUUCGGGCUGUCAUACUUGAAGACUAAGCAAGUCAGCCGCACAGUUCGGAAUGCCCAGCUCAGUCGCCCUGCCAUUCCUCGCCAGGAAGAUGAUUGGCUAGCCGUCCCCCUGGUCAACGCCAUGUUCGUCCCUUUCUACCACGUUGUCAUAAUUCCUACCACUAUCAUGUUACCGCCAUUCCUGGUGACCGACCUUCCUGUGGCAAGCUAUGGUGGACUCGGUCACGUGUUAGCGCACGAGCUGAGUCACGCCUUCGACACUGGCGGAUCAAUCGCGGACGCGGACGGGCUCCAGCGCGAGUGGUACACGACCAAGACACGUUCCAGCAUCCAGGACAAUGAGAAAUGCCUCAGGGCACUCUACAAGGUACCGGGAAACGAAUCAUGGAGCACCAAAAAUGAGGACUUCGCCGAUUCUCUUGGAAUGAAGGUAGCUACCCGUGCCCUGGAACGCCGCUUUGAGACUGAUGCGUUUUCGGGAGUAGAAGCUUUCAGCAACAUGCAACUUUUUUUUGUUAGUUCGUGCUUCAAAUGGUGCGGAGCCGACGCAGAAGAAGGCCCACAAGAUACGCAUUCGGGCACGCGACGCCGUUGCAAUGCCCCAUUACAUGGACAAGACAAAUUCCUUAAAGCGUUUAAUUGUGGUCCCUAUGCUCGUAUGAGGCCCACAAAACCGUGUCAUUUUGCCUCAUAACGUAGAUUAUAUGUAAUAUAAAUUGAUGUUAUAACGGGUGGCGCAAGAGCAACAAUGGUCGAAUUGAUGCAAGUAACGACUGCCUAAGACAUAUGUUAAGGUCAUGGUUAUGGCUGUUCGAAAUAAGCAAAUAAAAGCUAUGCGCGUAUAGAAAUACCCUGCGGGACCAUUGGUAAAUAAAAUCUCACUCACUGCGGA